CCUGGCUUUGUUAGAUAUUGGACAGAGGAGAGUUUCAGGGUAAAGGAACAAUUCAAGAGGCUGUUUCCUUUCAGUCACAAAACGAAAAUCAGCAAUUUCUUGUAACAAACCUGCAGACUUUCCACAUCAAAGUUUCUCCAGGAUAGACCACAUCAACUUGCGUAAAGAUGACAUUUGCCAUGCUGCGCACAGCGCCUCCUGCAGGCCGCUUCUUGUACGGCGACAUCGCCCUCCUCUCCGAAGAUGAUGAAGAAAACGGCAGCGAAGGGUCGGGUUCUGAGGAGAGGUCCAACAACUCCAACUCUGCCGCUUAUCGCCUGUCCUCCUCAUCGCCAUCUGCCUUUCACAUCAAGGUGAACAGGAAGAGGAAGCUGUGCGGGGGAGUGGGAGUGGGAGCGGUAGACAUUGAGGCCAUGGCGGGGAGGCUUGGUCCUCCUGGGUCUUCUCCCCCUGGUGAAGGUCGCCAAAGGACUGCAGCCAACGCUCGGGAGAGAGAUCGAACCAAUUCUGUCAACACGGCGUUCACAGCGCUGAGGACACUGAUCCCCACCGAACCUGCAGACAGGUACGAAGACGCAAGAGUACCACUGAGACAGGAUUGUUAUUUUAUGCUAAAUCCUUAAUAAACGUUCCACCUUCCAACAAAAUAUGCAUCCCAAUAUUAAGCUAUGGAUAACAUUUAACAUGUAGAGGUAUCUCCUGUAUCUGGUCGUCUGCUUAUCCUGGUACAGGCCUUAAACCCGCAACUGAGGCAACUCUGCGUUUCAUGCUGAGUGGAUAUUUCUUGAAACCCAAUGAUUUACUUGUGCAUUUUAUUGAAAUACUACAUAAUAAAUAAGAUUCACACUGCUUGUUUGUCUUCUGAUUUGGUGAACAGAAAACUGUCAAAGAUCGAGACGCUACGUUUGGCGAGCAGCUACAUCAGCCAUCUGGGGAACGUCCUGCUCCUGGGCGAGGGGCUUCAUGACGGACAGCCGUGCCACGCUCCCUCACCACCUUUCUUCCACGUUAACUCCUCCCCCAGUCGAGGAUCCGACCAAUCAGCUCAGCCGAAACACAUCUGUACUUUCUGCCUCAGCAACCAGAGGAAAAUGGUGAGCAAAAGCACGCAAAUUAUUCAUCAAUCAGUGAAAAACAAAUUUGCCUAAAAGUAAAUGUUGUUGAGAAUCUCCCCAAAAAUCUCCUCUUUAAAGUUUUGUUUUCCUUAAUGUGGUUUCAAAUAGUGUAAACAACAGAAAUCAGCACUUUAUUCAGAUUUAAAACAGGAAAAGUCAAGUGAAGCCAAAGGAAAAGCUGUUCAUUCUGCAGCGUGACGCGUCUUUUGGGAAAGUGCACUGUGCUUUGAGGUCAGUGUGGUGUUUAAAGCUGACCUGAGAUCAGUGACUGGGCCUAUAAACCUGAUUGGCCCUGAGGGAUAUUAAAAGCAGAACCUCUUUAAAGUCCUCUUCUGGGGGUGAAGGACUUUGUGUUAUUGUCCUGUUGGGGGUUCCUUGAACUCGAGCAGGUGGCUUCAAGUUGGUGGUACUUUCUCAAACCCUCUGAGCGAAUAGAGGAGAUAGUUUUUGUGUAAGUUAGAGAGGGCAGAUCAGAAAGAGGGGAACCAUACAGCAUGUAGACAUUUUUUUCCUAUUACACCAGCAAGACUUUAAAACAGGAUUAGACAUAAAAAAGAUGUGAAUCCAACUGUGGCGUUUUCUUUUUCCUGCCUUUUGAAAAUAUGAAUCCAAAGUUUACAAGGGUAUUUACACACACAGUGAGUUAGAUUUACGACAAGACGACCGUGAAAUCCUUCCAAAACCAUGUGUAUAAUUGUAAGAAUGUAUUGACGUCAGGCUGAAGGUUUUAAUCAAGACAAACAUCGCUGACCAAGUUUGUUCCACUGAAAGACAACCAAAGUAACUUCUUAUACCCUCAACACUGUUUGGGGCUACCAUACAGACUUAAAUCAAGGAUUACAGAUGAUGUACAGGAGGGCACAGAGACCAUUAUUGAGUUUUUGAUAUUUUACUGUCUGUCACUGUUGCCUUCAGGUCAGAUCUAGACAAAAGGUAAAGAGCCCUGAUUUACAUUUUACAAGAAAGUGUCUCACAGUGAUGAAGGAGAUGAUUCUUCUUUUAAAAAUGAUGAAGAAAUGAACACGACAGGAUCAGUGAAGAGAGAGCGAGCCUAAUGCUUUGUCCACAGAAGCCGCCAGAAGAAAAGGAAAGUUCCUUUCAGAUGCUUUUCACUCAAAUACUGCAAAUAACAAAACUCUUCAUUUUCCGAUCAUUUUUGAGGAGUAUUGUAGUGCUGCAUACACGUCCUAACUACUCAGGAACAAGUUGAAUUUUCGAGGCAAAGAAAUCACUCAGAUUGCUCUUUUUAGAGUCAGUUCUUCUUCCACUCUCCACUCAGAGCCGCAGUAAACUGGAGCUUUAUCCAACGUGAAGUUCAACUCUGUUUUGAUUGAUCUCACACAGGAAAUCAACAUAAUCAGAAACAUUCUCCGCAUGAGAAAGUCCUCAGUCUGAUGAGAAAUAGCAGAGGAUGAAAAAUUCCUUCCAUCCAUCAGCUGACUGACAUCAGAUUUAUAAGCCUCGAGUUCACCUCGACAAACACCAGCAGCCCGUCCAGACGAUGAUAGAGAGGUGACGUCCUCUCAACUUUCCCCCCUUCAACCCAGCCGCUGCCCAUUUAGCAGGAUUUAUGGGUAAGGAGCUGACAUCUGGCAGACUCCCCCGUUACCCCAGCAGUGUGUGAAAGCUAAUACCCUCCUCAGUGUCUAAACCCAGAGACCCUCUAGCUGGGGGGAUAACCUGAGUCUCAGCAGUGUGAGUCCCCCACCCUCUCUCUUGCCUCCCCUCUGAACCUUUGUGAGUGAAAGCCUAGACGUCCGCAGUGUCUGAGAGCCAGACACCCUCAGCCUGGAAACCUGUCUCCUCUCUCCUCCUCACCUCUCCUCUUUAAUUAUCCUCCUCCUUCACUUUUGCACACCUCUUCCUCUACCCCUCCUGCUCCUCCUCCCCCCUGGCCUCCCUGUGUAUCGAUCAGCCGGGUGGAGGUCAGAGCUGCCUGUCAGUAGGAGCUGUGUAAUACUAUCUGCUGCUGUCAGCUCUCUGCUGCAGACACAUGACUGACCUGUAAAUGCAUGCUGGGUAGAAAACAAUUUUCAAACUUUCUCAUGUCAAAAACUUCACAUGUAGGCACUUAACUUGACGUCAGUCACCUGAUGCUGUUUCCCAUUAGCCCAACAACAGAGGACGCCAUUCACUGUUGUGUGAGCUAUGUGAGGAAAAUACACUCACUGUUUUCAUGUUCCUCACAAGGUGAACCCGAGGAACGUUUUCAUAAACUUUGACAUCCUUUGAUUUCCCCGAGUUCACAUCACUCAUGAAAGUAGAAAAUAAGAUGAGGGAUUUGAUUUUCGCUCCUGUAAAGGGGUGAAAACAGAUGAAAUAUUCCUCCACGCUCACUUUUGUUAGGAUGCAGGUUUAAAACUUUUCUCCUUUUUUUUUUCUCUUUUCUUUGUUAACAAAUACGAUUAACAGUCAAUGUAUCUCUGAGUAAACAAAACGACUUCUGCUGAACAAAAACUAUCUCUGUUAUACAAUGAAUACAAAAAGACAAUGUCAACACUGCCACAUCCUCCCUCUCCCCCCUUUUUUAAUAGGCACUUUGUAUUUGACACACAAAGGUGUGUAAAUGCUGCUCAGCAAAAGUCUUUUAACUGCAGAUCAAUUUUUGUGGGAACAGUCUCCUUCAACAGGGGUUAUAAGUCUACAGAUAAGAAUAAGAAUAACUUUAUUUUAGGGAAAUUCACUUAAGUCUCAUCUACUAUUUAUGGAAGAGUUGUAACGUCUGAUGGCUGUUGGUACAAAAGAUCUUCUGAAUCUUUCUGUCCUGCAGCGAAGAGAGACGAGCCGUCCACCACCAUUGGUCCUUUGGUCCACCAAGGUGUUGUGAAGUGGGUAAUCCACAGAUAGGGAGUGGUAGAUAGGAUAGAGAUAGGGAGUGGCAGAGUAAUCUAUAUUUUGCGUUCUAUACUGUUUAGGACAGCAGUUUAGUGUUUGUCGUUGCCCAUCAGACUAAUUUGUUAUUUUAAGUUGUUGAACUGAAUAGAAAAGGACUGAAUCAAACAGCUUUAUCACGCAUUGAUUACAAUUUCAAGUAGUUCUGCUUUCUAUUCGUGGAAUUUGUUGAAUAAUGAAGAAAAUCACCAGAUUUGCUCACAAGGAAUUUGAGUUUUUCGGGACGCUCACCUGGAGUAUAAAUGGUUAACCCUUGAUUGGCAGCACCUGAGAGGAUUUGAUUUUCCCUGGAAAAGUGGUCGUUCGGAGGGUUUAAGUGGGCUAAAGGGCAGAGUCAGAGCUGUGAUUACGGAGAGGAAACGAUUGUGGAGGUAAAAGGAGACUUUGUGCUCUCUUUGUAUGUUUUUAUGCUCAUUGAGGUUCAUCACAGCUGUCAGCUCUGCUUAGAGCCGCUGCUACAAUUAUGCUUAUUUCCAGUGCUGGAGAGGGCGAAAGUGAGAAAAGUAUACGCUCAUUUCCUCUUAUUAUGUGUCCAUACAGUAUAACGGUUUCAAAACAAACAGUGUGUUAGUAAUGACUACUGCACUGAGAGGGGGAAUUACAUAUUCACUCCAAUACUGAUGGGAUUUCAUGAUGUGCAGAGGAUUUUUUUUUCCUGAAAUUACUAAAUUUAAAUAUCUCCAUAAAGGUUCAUUUCACAGUCUCCUUAAAGGAGGACAUGUUUAGGGGUCUUCAGAGCAGUCAACUUUUUCUCAGUGUCGGCCUGAAGCACAGGAGAGUUGUGGUUUUCUUUUCUGUUGCCAUCUAGAGAGGAUCAGUUAGACGAUCAAGCUGCAAACAUGCACCACUAUGAGACACUCUGUCAUCCCCUUUAGUUUUCGGCCUGACAUCCACACACAGUAGGACAUUUCUUCUUAUUAUCUUUUGAUCAGAAGCCAAGCUAUUCCUCCUGGUCCACAUUUAUGCUGACAAAUCUUCAAGAAGCUUUGAUUCGUGAGGUGGAGCAGCAGCAGCAGCAGUUUGGCAGGAAUAAGUUGGAGUGCAACUUGUGCUUUUGAUACGAGCAGGUUGAAAAAAAAAAAGGGGGACGCUCCUGAUGGAUCCAUCUGUAAAUGAGAUGUACAGGACAGAGGAUGGAGGGUGGAGGUGAGCAGAGGGCUGCUGAAUUCCCUGUGCUGUCGAGUUGAUUGAUGCAGAUGUCCUGCACAGGCCUCUCUGCCUCUGCUGAUCGGUGCAACUCUCAGGUGUUUGAACGUACCUAUAGGAACUUUGGACAUUUUCACCAUUUCAGUGUUAUUAUCACUUGUACUAAUCCCCUAGAAUUGCUCUGGAUUUCAUUGUAAUAUAUUGCAUCGGCUGACACUAAAUUUACACUAAUUUACUAUCUCAAAAUCUCAUCUUGAAAUAAAAACUCUUCUCUGUUACAAACCUUAAAACGUUUUCAAAUCUUCUCGCUUUAUUGUUCGUAGUCUGGAUCCCCCCGAAACAUUUUUACAGCUUCCUCUUCAGUUCCGUCUUAUUUCUUUUGGCCGGGCACAACAAGAAGGUCAACUCUAUUCAAAGACAAACGCAAACAGAGAAGUUGAUCCAUCAGCCAGUAACAGCGAUCCCCCUGAUUUUUCCUUUCAGGCUGGAUGUGACAAAUCCAAACAUUUUCCAUUCUAGGAAAUUUAAGAAGCUCAUUUUACAAAUUAAAGGAAUAUUUAUACGUUUGGAAACUAAAUAAAAAUCCUGCAAAAAUAUGACCAAAAUGAUACUCAUUGUGCAGCAGCUGUAAAACGGCAGCUGCUCCUCUGUGAUGGUUUAAGUUAGUCGAGUUUACAAGCGUUUCAAGGCACAACCCCAAUUUAAUUCUAGCAGGAGGAAUUUAUUUAUCUGGAGUUUCUACAAUUAAAAUGAGAUGCAUCUACUCAACUGAAGCGAUGACAGCUUCUUUGUAUCAUGAAAAAACUUAAAUUUACGUCUCAGGUUGCAGUAAAACUUGAACGUGUGAUGGGUUUUGUGUGUGCCUGGAAAGCAAAGACAGUGGCACAGUGAAAAAGGAUUUAUCUAUACUGAAGAGUGUUUUGUGUGGGCAUGUGCAAGAGUAAAAGUGUGUGAUUAUUUGAUCUUUUUGUGUGUGGAAGUGACCGACAGAGAGUGACGUUUUUCCAGCAUUCAUACGUUCAGUAAACACACACACACACACACACACACACACGCUCAUGCUCACACACUGGCCGGCUCUCUGUGUCUGGAAGUCAUUGGCGGUGCAGAGCGGAGCAACAAAUGAGCUAAUUGUUCUGUAAAUGAUUUAUCCUCUGCUGAGGCCUGUUCAGCCAGUGUUUAAUUCGGCUGCUGCUAUUAGAAACACAUUGACGACUGGCUUUGAUGGUGAUGUUAAAGAAGGCUGGAAACCACUCUCUGUGAAACGCCCUCACACACACACACGACACAUUUACACACAUAUAUGCAGGCCCACAGUCACAGAAAUACAGUGCACCACACUCAGAGAGACUUUUAUCAAAAGCAAUUCACUCCACCUCAGCUAUUUUUUCUUCUCAGCCAGACAGCACUUCAUUGCGUCUUUCUAGACACCCUUAAAAAAAAGAGAAAAAAAAAAAACCUCAUAUAUGAUUACUCACUUAAGGAGCCCUGGAUCACGACAGAGCUUUCAACACUUUCUAAACUAAUGGUGUGCAGGAAGUUGUGGAAACAGAGAUGGAGAAGGAGUGAAAGAAAGGCAGAGAAAUAUCCAACGACUCAGCAGGAUAAUCAACUUAGCUAUUUAUCCUCCGGUUUGGACAGUUGGUUUUUAGACCGGGGCUGAAGCUUUGCUUUGCUGCUUUAUAGAGCUGAAAUGAAGCGUGCACCUGAACAGAGCUAAAACGCACAGUUAGGACAUGUGCAUGAGCAAACUAAUAGCUGUGGUUUUAAAAGGCAUUUGGUUAUUAGUCUGCAUCAGUGGAAAAAAGCCUGACGUCACCUGUGUGAAUGAAGUAGACGUUUUAAGGUCAGAGAUGAAAUCUAAAUGACCCUCAUUUGCUGAUAAAGCUGCGUGGUGCUGACUGGAGUUAAUGUUUUGUGUCUCAGGAAUGAGAGCUGCGCCUGUUUGCUUCUUGUUCAUGCUAUGCUAAUGAGGUGCAUCGAAGAAAGCGCAUUUACAGCGGGAGAUUGUCAAAUAUAUUCUUACACACGUUCUGGCUGUGAGUGCCUGGCUCUGUGUAUGACGUGAGGCUUUAUGCACGGACCUGUGUGUAUAUUUUCAGCACAGAUGGAAGCAGUUAAACUCUAAUUUAACACCAACAGAAGAAGUCGGGUCAGAUAACUAACAAAAUCUAUUAGCAAAACUAUCAUUCUGUUGUCAUUUGGUCUUCAGGGAGAGGGCUGCUCGCAGAGCAAAUUCAAACAAAACACAGAAAGCUGAGCUGAACAAACCUCAGAGAAAUCUAAAACACAGAGCAAAGCAGAAGUUGGCUGUUUAAACUGAGCACUUUCUUUAGUAAAUAUCCUCUGAAGCUAAUGACAUAUUGGCUGUCGCAGGGUGCACAUCUUAGCCUGAUGAUAAAGUGCUGUUUGGUGCUUAAAGCAGCAGAAUGAAGUCAUCUGAGACUGCUGUAAAUGUAGUCCGCCUUGUUCUGGACUCAUUAUAGAUGAUUAUUAAAAUGUGGGAACAAUUGAAUGCAUGUGUGGGCGGCUGGUGUGAAUUAGAUCUGAUUAGUCGAUCUAAGAUAAAUCCUUGUUUUCAGAAGCCAUCAGGAUGUUAAAAAAAGCCACAGAUGACACCAGGUUCAUGUGUGAGGUAUCCACACGACUACAGACUUCUUCGGGUUGUUCGUCAGCUUCAUUCAGAAGUCUGACGUUUCUUUUCUUUAUAGUGCCUCUAAUUGAUGAUCAUUUAUGAGGGUCAUUUCAGCCUUUAUGACACACGAGAGAGAGCAGACACAUUCGCAUAUUUUCACUCGAUAAACUAAAGGGGUAUUACCAGUUUUCAUUUCACGGGUGAAUACCAAUCUUCCUAUACGAUUGUCAGGGCCAGAAACCAAGUGGAAUUAUUUUUUCCAACCAGUUGUUCCUCCUUCACGUGGCCAGGAACUAAAUUAGAUGUUUAUAUUUGACAGAACGGCUUAACGAAGGGGAAAGGAAGGAGAGAGUGCAUGGAAAAUCAUCUUUUAUAGGUAAAGGAGCAGUCAGAGCUCAUUUUUGGAGAAACAGAAUCAAAGUUUGGAUCGUAGAGUUAAUAAGAUUCUUUACAAAAUGUUGACUAGAUUUACAUUUAUGUUAAACUUUAAUGAACUAAUUAUAUUGUUCCAGUGUGGUAUAAUCAUAAUAUCAUAUCUAAAGAAAACAUCAUCAGGUAAUAAGAUUAGUGUUGAACAAAUCACCCUCUUGGGAGCUCAGUGGUAUGUCUGAGUUUAUGUGUGUGUGUGUGUGUUUGAGUGUGUGUGUGGGUGUUUUAAAGCAGAAAGAGAGAGCGGAGGAGUCAUCCGAGCAUGUCCGAUUAGUCUUCAGGAGAUUGUUUUGACUACCAGGCCGGCCUCAAAGCCCCCUCCGCUUGUUUUGACUGAACCAGCUACAGCUGUGUUCUCCAAACUGCUGCUCAGCGCUUGCACUGCUUUCAGAGUAAUUUCAUCUCAUUUAGUUAAUAGUCCAAUUGUCAUGCACAGUGUUUUGAGUGUGAAUUUUAUUAUGUUCUCACUUUUCUCUGACCUGCCUCCUGUUUGUUAUUCACCCUGAUAAAUAACCUCACUUUUACACGCUGCAUUCCUGCACGGUUGCACUUGUUGCAACCAGCUGUUGGUUUGAGAGUUUGUGUUGGCAGAAAGAAAAUAACAGCAGGAUAUGAAUCGAGCCAAAUAAUAAAGGGGCUUAUAAGUCAGUGGGCUCAUUAGGGAAAACACACAUUUAAGGCACUUCUUGGCCCCAUUUGGAAGCCAGACACAACUUCCUGAGGUGAUGCUCAAUUGGAAGUCAUCGCCUUUAUUUUUGAAAUACUGUGAUGUUCAUAAGGUGUUGGAUGCACUCAGGGAUUUAUUUAUCACUCACAAUGCUUCUUAAAAAACAGGAAUAAUGAAGGUUUUGGUUUACUUGUAGUUUCAAGACUGGGGAUUAACACUGAUAAUCUGGACUAUGGAGAGGUUCACAAUCUGAGUCUUGGGUGUGGUUUUGGUUCAGGCUGUGAAUUUAAUGUAGUGUGGGAUCAUGAGCAUUGUGGUUUUCUUAAAAAUUCAAAUGUGUGUAUAUUUGAAUAAAAGAGCACAUAAAGCUUCAGCAUCUCAGCAUGUCCAUGACAUAGACUGUAUAUAGAGUAAACGCAGUCUGCCUCCUCGCUGGGUGAACCCAACGCGAGAACAGCACCCUCUAGUGACAGGCUGCAGUAUAGGUCAUACAUCCUGCCUCCUCCAGCCAUCCCUAUGGCGCUACGGACAAACUUUAAAAAUUUACACCACAGAAUGUAAAUUUUUCUCCUCUCUGGUUGUGAUGUUGACAUAUUGUUACUGUAAGACUGGUUUGUGCUCAAGUCCUCUUUUUUCUGUACAGCUCCUAGUUUAAAAGUUAUUAAGGGGUUCAUGUUUUCUAUGAUUGACACUUGAUACAGCCUAUGUGCGAAGAUUGCAUAGCUCUCCCAGGGGAUACGCUGUUUGAGCCGAGCGUCAUCACAGCGACUCUCCCACAGAAUGCGUACAACACUACUGUGCAAGUGGUGGUUCCAGAAAGUGGAGAAAACCUCGGAAAUACCGAGAGCAAUUUGGCUUCAAAUUCAUAUAAUGAUGAAAGGCAGAGCCAAGUUGUCCAUAGGAUAAACAGUCUAUGACUCAAAGCUCAAACCAGACUCAAACCAGUUCAUUUGCCUUUGACUUUUGUGUAACUUGUUUUUUAUGACUUAAUCUAGAAGUAUUUGUGCAUGAAUUCAACAACCUUCCAGCUGGUUCAAGACUAACGUAGGGUGACCAUACGUCCUCUUUAAAGCUGGUAAAAAACACUUGACCUGACCCGAUAAAACUCUCAAAAUUUACUGUAACAAUGAUUUCAAUCAUAUUUCCUGAGUCUCAGUCUUCUUGGUCAAGUGAAGGUUGGAGUCAUUAAACAGAGCUUUGACGUGCUUCAUAUUUGUUACUGAAUGUUGAUAGUCUAUCAUAAAACAGGCCAGAGAGAAAACUGUCUGAACAGGACAUAGGCCAGAUACAUCUGCAAAAUGUGACACAAUAGUAUCUGAAUCCCUGAGGUCCUUGCGUUUCAAUAUUGAUCUAUUGAAUAAUUAAUCAUUCUCAUCUGCAUGGCGCCAAAUUAUAACCAAAGUCAUCUUGAGACACUCAAAAAAAAAAAACUCUUCAUUCAGGUCAAGACUGAUGAAAACUUUUGAUAAGCUUGAAAAAUUCUGAAAAGCUUUACCUGUCAGCGACAAUUAAAACUGGUUUUCGCUUUUAAAUGUUAGCAUCUGUAAAUGAUUGAACCCUACUUUAGAAAAUAUAGCUAACCUUUUGACUACCAUGAAUUCUGGGAUGUUGAGUCGUUGACCCUAUAAAAGUUGUUUUCUUUUCUUUGCUGUAUUACAUAGAGCUCUUAAAAACAUGAAAUGAUCAGUGACUUAAGGCACUUUUAAUGUUGUUUCAGAAAUACUCCUGCCAAUGCAAUCUGCUAAUGAUUCACAGGCCCUGCAUGAAAAAUAAAAACAGAAUCAGCAGACACAGGAUCUUGUAGCUCUCAAUCUGCUCUCAGACUUAGUGUCUCAACACCAAUUCCAUACUUGCCUCUUAAGUUGACUGUACAUUGUCCAUAUGGAAAUUAGAGCUCUUUUUGCUUGUCACUUGCUGAGCCAGGAGCCCACAACCUAUGGCUCUAUCGUUAUGAGACAACAGCUGAUACUUUCCAAGUAGAUGUUGUUGUCCCAAACAUAUGUAAAGAUUAUCACAUCAUCUGCAUACAAAGAAAUGACUGAUCAACUUGAUGAAAAAUAAAAUGUAUUCAUAACUUGCAGCUGUAAAGACAAAAAGAUGUCCUUUAUUUAUGAUGCAUAUGUAGUCGUAAAUAGUCAUGGUCCGAUGGUCUAAGUCAAAAUAAAAGCAAAAUAAUGCAGAUGCUCUGCUUUCUGUCCAGCUGGAGGAAGUAUUGAAACUGAUUGUUUAUGAGUCUCCUCACAAAAAACUAUAAUCAGUGGGAGGAAUGAUUCCUGUCCAGAUCAUAUGAUCUCAUCCUCUCAUUACUGCCUGAUAUGCUUCCAAACACCUACCCACCUUUGUUGAUGUCAGUCAAAUGGAUUUUUCCAAACACCUACACCUUUUGCUCCGUCUGAGAGGAAAUGUGGAACAGGUGUUAGGCUGAUGAGAAGAGGGCGAGGGGGGGCUGUGGGGGUGGGUGGGCUGUGAGGGUUAGCCCAGAUAAUAUAAGGAGGGGGGAAAAAGUCAGCAGAUGACUGUGGUGCAGUGAAGUAAAGACUUCUAUUCAGCUGCAUUGUGUGUCUUGAUUCAUGAAUGAAUUUUUCAUUUUCAAACAAGAAUGAAGAGAAAUGUUUGUUUGUGGUUGACCACAAUUAAAGUUAUUGAUACCUUAUUCAGGCCAAAGUUUAUUUUCAACUUAUGAGUUAAUCAAACACAAACGAUGACAAAUAAUAGGAAAUAUGUGGAUGGCUUGAGUUGCACAUCAUUCAGUGGUGUUUUUGAUAAAAUCCCUUGACUGUGGCUUGGAAGUUGAGUGGUGGACGUGAGCGGAGCAGAGGUUAAGUGAGGAGGGAAAAUAUGAUGUUAUUUUCCUGGCCAGAUAGAGAAAGUCUCCCCACCCGCCAGGAAAUCAAGGCCUCUGUGUCCUGAUACCGCAGAUAAAUGAGAAGCAUUUCAUCAUGCAGGGCUGUCACACAUAUCCUCAUGAUGUCACUGUGUGCUUUAAUACGAUUAAAUACCACUGCCAUGAUCAAUGUAGAAACUCUGCUACUGUAGUGAGUGUGUUUGUGUGUCUGAACAGCAUGAAGUCAAAGUUUACUUAGUUUCUCCACUCUAAUUACAUUCAAGACAGAAUAGAAACACUUAGAUCGGCAUCUCAACAUGCCUACUUUCUGUGCCAUUCCCUGCUUUAAAAACGACGUAACACACCUUGGUUACAACUUAAAGCAAAUGUCACGGGUCAUUAUAAACAAAAAACAGAAGAUCGUGAAAAAUAAUGAGGAACUUUUGGUUUGAGUCACUUUUGGCGCCCCCUUGAAGACAUCUUGUCCCGUAUCUAUAAGCAAGAUUUUCUGCCAAAAAUCUCACACUGUUCUCUUUUGACCACCAAUGUAUCGCUCACAGUGAAUGUUUGCUGUGGAAAAAAUUAUCAGAAGCUCAUAGUUUCAAUCCGUUUCUCAACCAAUCAAAAUCUCUCCACUGGGACUUUAAGAUUUACCAAAACAAAAUGUAUUUAUUUUGACUCAUUGAGGACCUUUUUCAUUCAAAUGUCAGGUUCAUGUGCUCACGCCUUGUACAUGAUGACAUUGAUACUGUUUUCAUGUCUCACAUCUUGGCUUUCUCACCAAUCACUCGACUGUGUUUAAUAGCCAAUUCUGAUUCUCAAUAGCAAAGGUGAUACCGGGGACACGUUCUUACAUAAACAUAUCUUUGCAUGUUAGAAAAUCACACAAGAAGCUGAGAAAGACUUUAAACAAAUUAAAGAAACCAGAUAUGAAGCAACCAGAUAGCCUACUGUAGCACAGUGAGGGCUUGACAGUUUUAUGGGACCAGUAGAGCGAAAAGAAAAAAGAAACUAAAAGCUGCAGGGAAGAAGACCAGCACAGAUACUACUAUUAUAUUAGGCUAAACUGAUGAAUCACUUUAUAGCUCCAUGCAUGAAUCAAACCAUAAAAUCAUCUACAGAUCAAUGCUUCGUUUCCACCUUGUUUGUAAGUUUAGUUAACAGUGGGUAAGCUGUUGAAGGUACAGUUAGCCAGUGGUUAUGACAAAAACAUUCCUAAAGUGAUAAGAAAAGACUUUCAGUAAAGCUCCAGCUAACUUUACAUUACCCCCUACUUUCUAAUGAGGCCAGAUUUGUGCUAGUUUAGUAUAAAGGCUAAAAUCAGAGAAGGAUCUGCUCUAAAGAAGUUUUAAUCACAGUUUUAAUCAUAUUUUCACCAAUAUAUCCUUUGUCUAUUGAAUACAACAAAAGCAUGAAAAAGCCCUGUCUGUACGUAGUGCCUUUUAAAGCUGAUUCUCGCAAUGAAUCCUCAUUGAUGUGAGAUGAUUUUUCUUUCUCUUGCAGAACAAAGACAGAGAGAGGAAGACGGCCAUCAGAAGUUAACAACAUGGAUAAAAACCACAUAAACUUUGCUUUCAGUGAUUUUACAAUUUCUGCAACUUGAAGACUCAUCAGACCAGUGAAACUUUCCAGACUUUUGAAGGACCUCUUACUCACUUCAAGACCUUUGAAGGAACCUUUUAAGCCUUUCUUAUUUUCUGUUUUUUAACACUUUGCAGGACUUCUUUACAUUUUAGGGUUUUUUCAAACAUCUUUGAACUGUACUUUGAAAGGACAAUGAAAUACUGCAACCACAACUAUUAGAGACUUUUUACUGUAUCACCUAAAGUGGCUCUUCGCUGAGGGUCAAAGGAACUUAUGGCACAUGAUUGAAGAAACUCUCAGAACCUAUGAAAGACAUAUUU